AUGACGGAGACAUGCUCCAAGAUCGGAGGCUUAUUCGAGUGGGACGUGUUCAAGCAGCACCUGCCCGCCAUCAGGGCGCACGCCGACGCCAUCGCCGCCGCGCUCCGGAGGUACAAGGAGGCCGCGUCGAGCGCGGCCUGCAUAAGCCCUGCAGCCUUCGCCUCCGCUCUCGGUCUGGCGGACGGCGGCCGCGGUGCUCUCUUCCCGUUCGCACGGUGUUACCUGGGCGUCCUCGCGCGGGCGUACGUCCUCGCGCUGCUGGAGCUUUCCGGCGCCGCUCGGCCGGAGCAGACGGUCGCCGCGGCGGCGGUCUCGGCCGAUGGCGGCGCGGCGGCGGAGGCGUACCUCAACGCCGGUAUGGAGUCCAUUGUUUUCGAGGCGUCUCCCCACGAACCGAUGAUGGUGGAUUGGUGGGAAAAACGCCGCGUCCACACGAGUGGCUCUUUGAACGACCCUUUUACUUUCUUCACUGGUGGAUCCUUGCUUAGUUUGGCUUCAAGAGGCAAAACAUUGUUCAUGGGAAGUUUAAAUGUCUCAUCUUGGAUCUAGUGUUCUGAUAUCCACUUUCUGGAUUAAAAACGAGGCAUGAGUCUUUGCGAAUCUAUUGUUUAUAAGAGGUUGGCAGAUCCAUUACAUAUGUACUCCAUGCUCUUUCCGUUCUCUAUAAUCAAAUAUGUUAGACAUGUGGAUGUGUUGUGUGCGUGUAGAGCCCUUGGUGUGUACGCCAGGGCUAGGGCCGGCUACUGCCAUGGCCCCUUGAUUAGUAUUACGCGAGGAUACCCUUGAGA